UUUCGUUAACAAAGUAUUCAACAAUGAAAUACUUCGGACUUUUACUCGCCGCUUUGAUCGGAGUGAGCUUCGCCUCACCUUACCCUGAGGCGAUAGGAGUCAAAGAAGAUGAUUGGCGCGGCAAUUUGCAACAGAACGGCGACUACUAUGUUAGCCACAAUCCCGUCUCUUGGUUCGCUGCCAACUACUUCUGCUAYUCAAACGGUUGGUCAUUGGUAGCACCCAGCAGCUUCACGUCUGAUCUUCUGUUAAAAGGCUUCAUUGAACUUUUCGGUUUAACUCAAAAUAAUUACUGGACUGCUGGCAACCGCUUGGCCAACGAGACAACAUGGCUCUGGGGUCUCGGCGGCAACAGUUUCGCCUUCACCAAUUGGGCUGCCAGUGAACCAGUGACCUCUGGUGAUUGUCUGUUAUUGCAAACUAAUACCAUUGAUAUUUUGUGGGCCAACCAGGAUUGUGGUGCACAAAAUGGCUUCAUCUGCCAGAAGACAGUUUCCGCAAACUAAUGUAGCACGAAAAUUGGAACUCGACUCGGGAAGAAUAUUUUCAAUGGCGCUUUUGAGAAUGUAUAUAUGUAUGUGAUAUAAAACAAAAAAACAAAAAAA